CAGUGAGAAUCACAGAGACAGAUAGCUGGAGAACUUUGUCCGGUUCAUUGGAAGAGAGUAUCUGAGUGGAUCACCCGGUGUUCUUCUACAUAAUAUAUAAAUACAUAAAUAAAUAAAACUAAUAUAUUUUAAAUCAACAGGGAUUUAUAAACUGAAAUGAUUUUCCAAUAAAACUUUUACAAUGUGUCUUUCAAUAUAAUACAGUAUUUGGGAAGUAGACAGAAACAACAGCUGCUCAUAUUUGAACUGAUCCACGUCUAAACUUAGCAAGCAGCUUUUGAAAGGAGGACGGUUGCUUAUUGUCCUGCUAUUUCUUCCUUCUAUGAGUUCAGGCACAUCGUGAAGGAUCUGACUGGAUGUAAAACAAUUUGAACCAGAAAUAUGGAAGAUGAUCCUAAAUGGAGCGGUUCUGCUCAGCCUGCCUCUGCAAGGACUUUCAGUGCGCAUCCUUGCAAAAAAAAGUCGCCGAAGAGCGUCUCGGCUUGGUCGGGGAUUGCAUUCUGCUGCGUUUUGUCCAUGUUGUCCAUGGGGUUUUGCAUGUUGGUGUACCUGCGGACCUCGGAGCUGCAGUCUAGAGUUUUAAACUUGGAGAAGGAGAGAGACACUCACGUAACAGCUUGGAUUUCGCUGGACCAAAUGGAACCCGUUAUAUUGGGAAAGCUCGACCAGCUUUUGGAAGAGAAACUGACCGCCCGCUUGCCUCGGACCAGAGAAGCCAGAGAAGCCCCCCACAGCUGCGUCUGCCCCCCAGGGCCACCAGGAGCGAGAGGAAAGCGAGGUCGCAAUGGGGAUCCAGGACCACCUGGUGCACCAGGGGAGCCAGGCAUGUCCAUUAUCGGGCCACGCGGACCUCCUGGCCAGCCAGGAUCGAGAGGAUUCCCUGGAUUCCCGGGCCCAAUUGGUAUGGAUGGAAAACCGGGUCUGACUGGUCUGAAAGGUGACAUGGGUACAAAGGGACUUAAAGGAGAUUAUGGUGAACCUGGCCUCAAAGGUGAAAAGGGUAUGUGCGGAGACUAUGCUCACAGGCUAUUACCUAUCCUGAACACUGUGCGCACGCUGUCUCCACUGACGCCUGUAAUCAGAAAGCGGUACCAGGGUGAGCAGGGGCAAGCUGGGAUUCAAGGACCCCCCGGACCCCCAGGCCCCCCUGGGCCCCUAGGAGCCACAGGACCAUCAGGGCCCAGCGGAACUCCAGGUAAGCCUGGUGAAACUGGAAAGCCAGGGAAAGAUGGCAAGGGUGAACCAGGAAUUCCAGGCAUCCCUGGGAGAAAGGGAGAUGGUGGUGAGCCAGGCCCCCCUGGACCUGCAGGCCCACAGGGCUCAAAGGGAGACAGAGGUUUCAAGGGAGUGGAAGGGAAAACAGGCCAGCCGGGAGAGAAAGGAGAAAAGGGGGAGAAAGGGAGUCCUGGAGAGUCUGGAUUGCCUGGCUUCCCUGGAACAAAGGGCGAGAAGGGUGAGCUGAGCACUGCAGCCAGUGGAAUCAAAGGAGAGCCGGGCAUGCCAGGGAUGCAGGGGGAGAAAGGAGACAAGGGCUUAAAGGGUGACUCUGGAGUUCCUGGACCAGAAGGACCAUCUGGACCAAGAGGUCCGCCCGGUCCAGCAGGGGAACCUGGAAAGACUGAGAUGCUCGACUACAACAGCAAUGUGGAUGAAAAGCUGCAGGAAAUAAGGACAUUAGCUUUGCUGGGUCCCCCUGGUCUACCAGGGCCCCCUGGCCCCUCAGGAACACCAGGAACGAAGGGAGAAAUGGGGUUACCUGGUGCACCUGGUCUUGAUGGGGAGAAGGGCCCCCGAGGGAAAGCAGGCGAGCAGGGCCCCCCUGGCCCUGAGGGCCCCAAAGGCAGGGAUGGUUUCACCGGGCAGAAGGGGGAGCCAGGAAUCAUGGGCUUCACUGGGCCGAAAGGAGACAAGGGAGACCUAGGUCCAGCUGGUGCUCCGGUUAGUGGCCCCCCAGGUCUCCCGGGAGCAGAGGGACCGGCCGGGCCCCUGGGACCUCCGGGACUUUCAGGGCCAAAGGGUGAGGCAGGAAGAGAUGGCAGGAAGGGUGACAAGGGGGAUCUGGGAGAGAAGGGAGAGAAAGGAGACAGAGGCCCUCUGGGACUGCCCGGUGCUCAUGGUUUAGACGGCAGGCCUGGCCCAGUGGGAGUUAUGGGACCAAUGGGUGCACCAGGGCCAGCAGGACCAAAAGGAGAGGGGGGAGACAAGGGAGACCCCGGACCUGCAGGACCAGCCGGGACCCCAGGAAUCCCUGGUUUAGUAGGACCACCGGGAGAGAAAGGAAACCGGGGGGAGAGGGGAAAGAGAGGCAACAGGGGGAACAAAGGGGAUAAGGGAGACCAAGGAGCACCUGGAUUGGAUGCACCAUGUCCUUUGGGUGAAGAUGGCUUGCCGGUGCAGGGAUGUUGGAAUAAAUGAUGAAUUUAACCCUGGAAUGGCAUGUGUGAUUGUACAGAGAAUAUUUAUUUUUUUACUUUUCUUUGAUUUUUUUGUGCUUGCUCUCUAUGUUUUAUGGCAGAAGAAGAAACAAAAAACAAUUGUAGUAUUUUACUAUGGGCCUAUAUUGUACAGAAUUGUACUAUUUUAAUACAUGCCUAUGUUGUACAGAAUUCUGGAUUAUGUUUAGAUAGGAAUCAGUUUUUUGUAUCGAUUAAGAAAUACCGAUGUAUCAUUUGCAUGAUAUUUGUGCAUUACUGUCUGUGAUGGGAUGCUGCAUAUUAACUUAUUGUAUCAUAAUAAAUACAGAGAGACCCUGCUGCACUAAUAUGUAAAACUGGAAAGAGCAGCUUGCUUUGUUAAAACCUGAUAAGAAUGCCUGAAAAGAGCUCCAUAUUGGAAGGGGAUACAAAUGAUGGGGAACCCUCCCUUCAGUCAAAUGGAGCUUGAGCACUUGAGAGUGAAAAGGGGGCAGGGGUUGUAACCUUUUCUAAUGGUAACUGACACUGGCAGUACUGAUAAAAGCAGGUACGACAACACCAUACAGCAGUGCUAUAGGCACUGUAUGAUAUAUAU